AUGGCGAUCGAAUCUAAAGUAUUAAUUUUUAUAGGCAGAGGAAUGGUCCUACAUGGAAAUAUACGUAAAAUUGAGAGCGGCAUGGAAAGGUGCGAAUACAAGAAGAUCAUUUUAAGGGCCAAAAGCAAAUCAGAGAACAACAGAGACGCGGAGAUCCGACGGGUAAUUUUCGUAAAAACUUACCAACUGAACCAAGGAAACGCCACAGAGCGCGGUGGUGGGGGCGGUUCUUUGAUAGCCAUAUGGGGCCUCAACAACAGCAAGUUGGAAGCCCCGGCAACUCAAUUCCACAAAAAUAUGUUCGCACGCGACGACCCUUAUCUUAUUAGGACUGGUAUUACAGACGCCAAGGGCUGUACUCUCCCGCAUGAAAGCGGUACCUGUCACGCUAACGUGAGGAAGAAAGUCGACCACCAGCUCACCACCAAACCCUCGCGAGCACCACACCUCCGCGUAAUAAGCAAUUUAAAACACAAGGACCCCAAGGAGUUCCUCAAGGACAGCUUCGCACUCUUCAAGCGACGCAUCACUAACGCGUUGAAGAAGGAAGAGUCAGUGAAGGUCAACUCGGUGUUCAGCGGGCAGUUUCGGCUUCAGAAAGCCGACAGGAUUCUGGAGGAGCCAAAGUAUUUCACGACGAAGAAUUCACCCAUUUAUCGAGACACAAAUCUGGAGGCAUGGUUUCACGAACAUGUAGUGAUGCCGAUUUCUAUGGAGCUCGACGAAUUCCAAGAGCGUGAUAGCGGCUGGGCGUUGAGCUCUAUAACCAACUUGGGAAUCAACAUAAACAAGUUCACGCCACAGCUGGGGUCAUCAUACAUCGACUUACCCACAUCAAUUAAGAAGAAGCGGGCAUGCGUCAACGUAAAAAACGAUGAUGACGCCUGCUUCGCGUGGGCGGUGACAUCGGCCUUGUAUCCUGUUGCUGAUCAUACUCUUCAUCCCGAUAGGACUUCAUCUUACCCUCAGCCCUCAACGGUACUCGACCUGACGGGUAUACAGUUCCCAAUGACAAUGAAGCAGAUACUCAGGUUUGAAAAACAAAACGGGGUAUCGGUUAACGUUUACAUACUUAAAAAGACAAAAAAGAACUUCACCACACACCCAGUUUAUUUGACGAAGGACAAAAAAGAUAGGCACGUCAACUUGCUUUUAAUACAAGAUCAAUACCACGACGAUGUCGAUGAAAAUGAAAAAAUUAAUGGCCUUCCAACGAAAUACCACUACGUAUGGAUAAAAGAUCUAUCACGCCUCCUAUCGUCUCAACUUAGCAAAGAUCAUGCUAAGAAGCAUUUUUGUGAUCGAUGUCUGCACUACUUUUCAUCUGCUGAAAGAUUAACCAGCCAUUACAUUGACUGCAAAAAUCAGAAUGACUGCAGAGUCAGACUACCAACCGAGGACCAAAAAGACCUAAAAUUUAAAAGCUUUAGAAACAAAGAAAAGGUCCCCUUCAUUAUAUAUGCCGACCUCGAGAGUGUUCUAAUAGAGGAGAACUCCGGCAACAAGUACCAACGUCAUGUGCCUGCUGCCAUAGGCUACUAUGUAAAGUGUUCAUACGAUUCCUCAUUAUCAUUUUAUCGCUCGUAUAGGGGUGAGGACUGCAUGUCUUGGUUCGCGCGCGAAAUGUCUGCGUUCGCCGAGGACGUAGAAACGGUUUUCUUAUGCCCUUACGAUAUUUCCAUGACGUCAGCGCAAGAAGCUGAAUUUCAUAAAGCCACUCAUUGCCACAUCUGUGAACAGCCGUUUAAGCCAGAGGACGUUAAAGUCCGCGACCAUUUUCAUUUGACUCCGGAAAAUAACUACAGGGGCGCCGCGCACAACGCGUGUAACAUUAAUUACAAGGAUGAGGUUGUUAUACCUGUUGCCUUUCACAACCUGAGCGGGUACGAUGCCCACUUUAUUUUGGAGAAUAUCACGAAUGAUAUGCCAGGUCGCGUCGACGUACUACCUAUAACGAAGGAAAAAUACAUAUCAUUUACUAAAAAUAUUGCUGAAAAUUUAAUAAAAUUCCGUUUUAUCGAUUCAUUCCGUUUCAUGAAUUCCGCAUUAAAUACGCUAGCUUCAUACAUGACUGAAUUUCCAAAUUUAAAAUCAGAGUUUUCCGAGCUCGAUACGGAACAGUUUAAUUUAUUAACUAAAAAAGGCUUUUACCCGUAUGAUUUCAUGGAUAGUUUUGAGAAAUUUAAUUUCGAAUCUUUACCAGAACAACCGCAUUUUUAUAAUCGUUUAGAGGAUAAGAACAUAUCAUCUAAACAGUACGCGCACGCACAAAAUGUUUGGCAAUCAUUCAAAAUUCAAAAUUUAGGCGAGUACACGGACUUGUACAUGAAAACCGAUAUUUUACUUUUGGCUGACGUGUUUGAGCAGUUUCGUAGCAGUUGCCACAAGACAUACGGUCUCGAUCCAGCUAAUUACUACACCCUACCUGGAUACACCUGGGACUGUAUGCUGUUUAAGACACGUCAGACAUUAGAACUUUUGACCGAUAUCGAUAUGGUAAUGUUUGUCGAACGGGGAAUUCGUGGAGGUCUAAGUCAAUGCUCUAAACGUAAAAGCGCGGCUAAUAAUAAGUAUCUUCCAAAUUUCGACCCGAGUAAACCGGUAAAGUAUUUAUCCUAUUUCGACAUUAACAAUCAAUACGGUUGGGCUAUGAGUCAGUACUUGCCAUACGGCGGAUUCGAGUGGGUAGAUUCCAACAUCGACGUCACCAGCGUAUCAGACACUUCAUGUGAAGGCUAUUUGCUUGAAGUUGACUUGGAAUAUCCGGCUCAUUUACAUGACACACAUAAAGAUGUACCUUUCUGCCCCGAACAUAGCGCUCCUCCCGGAUGUAAAAAUUUUAAACUUUUAGCCACCCUUCAUAAUAAGACCCGGUAUGUAAUACAUUAUAGGGCUUUGAAACAAGCUCUUAAACAUGGACUUAAACUUUCGAAAAUUCAUCGCGUAUUGAAAUUUAAACAGUCUCCAUGGCUUAAGUCUUACAUCGAUCUGAAUACCGCGUUACGUCAGGCAGCUAAAAACGAGUUUGAAAAAAAUUUGUUCAAGCUAAUGAAUAACGCGGUAUUCGGAAAAACCAUGGAGAACAUCCGCAAGCACUCAAUCGUUAAAUUGGUUAAUAAAUGGGAUGGGCGUUAUGGUGCGGAGGCAUUAAUAUCUAAACCCGAGUUCAAGGCAGCUACCAUUUUCAACGAGAAUUUGGUUGCUAUUGAGUUAAAUAAGACUGAAGUUUUCUUUAACAAGCCGAUAUACGUUGGUAUGUCGAUCUUGGAUCUCGCCAAAACCACAAUCUAUGACUUUCAUUAUGACUAUAUGGUGCCCGAGUUUGGUAACGACUGCUCAGUCCUUUAUACCGACACCGACUCGCUGAUAUAUGAGAUUACUGAUAAAGAUGUCUAUGAAGUCAUGCGUCGCGAUUGUCACACUCGGUUCGAUACUUCAGACUAUCCCGCUGAUAACAGGUAUAAUAUUCCACAGGUAAAUAAAAAAGUCUUGGGUAUGAUGAAAGAUGAGUUUAACGGCGUCCCUAUGGAACUUUUCGUGGGUCUUAGAUCUAAAAUGUAUAUGGUUAAACGAUCUGAUGGUGAUGAUAUGGCUUUAACAAAGAAGAUCAAGGGUAUAAAAAAAUCGGUAAUAAAAAACGUCAUCAUGCUCGAGGAUUUCCUCGAGUGCGUUGAUAAUUUCAAAAAUAAAUAUAUCCAGCAAAAUUUAAUAAAAUCUGAAAAACAUGCAGUCUUCACAAUGACUCAGGAAAAAAUAGCUUUGAGUCCGCACGACGAUAAGCGAUACUUGAUAAAGGGAUCGUAUGAGACGCUGCCAUGGGGGCACUACAGUAUUAUGAAAGAAUAA